CAAUAGUCUGCGAGGUUGUAAGAUUACGACAGAAAGCAACAAGAAGUUUCCAAAAUGGUGCUUGAAAGUACUAUGGUCUGUGUGGACAACAGUGAAUACAUGAGAAAUGGAGAUUUUUUACCUACAAGACUACAGGCUCAACAAGAUGCUGUUAACAUUGUAUGUCACUCCAAAACACGAAGCAAUCCAGAAAACAACGUGGGCCUCAUUACCAUGGCAAAUAACUGUGAGGUCCUGACAACACUGACCCCAGAUUCAGGCCGCAUCCUGUCUAAACUCCACGCUGUCCAGCCAAGAGGAAAGAUCUCCUUCUGCACUGGCAUCAGGGUGGCUCAUUUGGCCCUGAAACACAGACAAGGCAAAAACCACAAGAUGAGGAUCAUUGCCUUUGUUGGGAGUCCAGUGGAGGAUAAUGAAAAAGAUCUUGUGAAGCUGGCAAAACGCUUGAAAAAAGAGAAAGUGAAUGUGGAUAUUAUUAACUUUGGAGAAGAGGAAGUGAACACAGAGAAGCUGACUGCCUUCAUAAACACUCUAAAUGGAAAGGAGGGGACGGGCUCCCAUCUGGUCACAGUCCCUCCAGGUCCUAGUCUGGCUGACGCACUGCUCUCAUCCCCGAUCCUGGCCGGUGAGGGAGGUUCUAUGAUGGGUCUUGGUGCCAGCGACUUUGAGUUUGGUGUGGAUCCUAGUGCUGACCCAGAGCUUGCCCUGGCCUUACGUGUAUCAAUGGAGGAGCAGAGACAAAGGCAGGAGGAAGAGGCCCGUAGAGCUGCUGCUGCUUCUGCAGCUGAGGCAGGCAUGCCCACACCCAGCGCAGAUGAAUCAGAGGAAGCCUUAUUGAAGAUGUCAGUGUCUCAGCCUGAGACGGGUGCAGCGGUGCUUCCUGACUUCAGCAGCAUGACAGAAGAGGAGCAGAUAGCAUAUGCCAUGCAGAUGUCUCUGGCUGGAGGAGAGUAUGGAGAAAUGGACACAGGAGCUGCCAUGGACACUGCAGAGUCAGCCAAGGAGGAAGAUGACUAUGAUGUGAUGCAAGACCCAGAGUUCCUUCAGAGUGUUUUGGAGAACUUGCCUGGUGUUGACCCUAACAACGAGGCCAUCCGCAACGCCAUGGGGUCCUUAGCCUCCCAGACAGGAAACAAACCAGAUGGCAAAAAAGAUGAAGAGAAGAAGAAAUGAGGAAGAGGAUUAAAUGGACAAAAUAGGCCAAUAACUUCAGACAUCAACUAGACAAAUGAACAAUUGCAUACUAAUGCAAAAAACUUUCAUAAACAGAUUGCUGAUGCAUCGUCGUCAAACCAAGAGCCGAGCAUGAGACAGCACUCUGACAUUUUAAUACUGUCUUUUUCUGUCAGGUACAAAAGCACCAACAUAGAAGAAGUAAAAGUUACGUUAUUGAAAACCUAUUUAGUGUCAAAUCUGACUGCCCCUUAACGUUAAAUGAUUUCAUCACCUAACAAUAUAAUAUGGGUUUACUCUUGUGCACACUUUACCCUACACGUCUCUUUACGGUUUAAAUACUGAUUGGCCUUCAAGAAGAGGAAGAAUUGAGUGAAACUAAACAUUUAGCCAUCCUCCUGUAAAGUCUUUGUGUUUUUUGCAAUAAAAACUAUGUACAAACACAA